AUGAAGGGGGCGGACAGUGACAAAGAGAUGGAAGAAGUAGUACCAAAGGCAACGAGAACGAAGACGGCUGGUACUCUUCGCGAGAAGGAGUACAAGAAAGGCAAAGUGCUUCGAUCUGUUGUCUGUCGGCUGAACAGGGUUUGCGCAGACAACCGUCUUGUGAAGGAGAUCAAGUGCAGCCAUGAAGCAGAUCCAGAUGGAGACGUAGCACCUCGUCAAUCUCCACACACUGCGCUGCCUCGAGCACGAUCUUCCAUUGCCAGGCUAUGGCAAAAAAAAUUUCGACCAUUGCUGCGCGGGUGUGGCCUCCACACGUAUGUCGCACAUGAUCGCCACAAAAAAUCGUUCUCUCUCUGGGACAGCAUUCAAAUCUACCGUGUUGGUCGAAGUCAGGCCGGAUUGCGCAAAGUCGCAAAUAUGACUGGUUUCUCAGAGUUGAAACAGGCUUUGCGAGAGCAACUAGUGGUCAACGCUGGCGUGAUGAUUCGAGAACAGUUUCGGAAGCGGUUGAGGGUGUAUGUACUGAUCAAGUUCGGGAAGUCGGGACGACCUGAGCCCAGCCGAAGAGAAGGCCAGCAAAAAAGCUCGUCAGGCAGAUCAUAUGCGAGACGUGCUCACCCCGGAUGGAGGGGAGGGGAGCGAGAAGUGGAAUCCUUGGCCAGUAAUAUCAAGAACAAUGGCCUGGCGUUCUACAUUCGGCUGAUAUGGGAGUUCCAAAGCGUCGUGGAGGCUCGUAUGGAGGCCGUUCCAAACGAGAAAGGGGUGAGAGCGUUCUCGUUGUUUCCAGUGUCUACGGCUUUCAGAACUGCUCACAUCGUGAUCAAUGAAACGACGCUGGCAGGAUUCGGGCCCCGCAUCCGCGAACGUGGAGAAGGAAACCUAAUGGAAGACUGGAACAUGCCUCAAGUGAAGAUUUCUAGAUCAUCCUUUGGUGCUAUCCGAUGGACUCUCAUGUGA